GAGAGGUCGGAGCCGGAUGUCGGGGUUGGGACACUAACAGCGAGUUGAGAGUUUAGCUCGCGGAAUACUCUCAGCUCGAGAUAACACUCAGCGGACAGGGGGCACACUAGCGGGGCGUACCUGUUGUGCCGUGGUGAGCUGUGAGCGGCAUGUUGUCAGUUUGAGGCCGUGAGCAGAGGAGACAGUGGUACUUCUGGCUUUUCUUGCAGGUCCGCAGUGGAUCUGCACAUAGCUUGUCGCCUCGGAGGUGUCAUGAAGAAAACCUCAGGAGCGGAGAAAUCCGUGCCGACUGACGUGUUCACUGUUGCUGGCAUAUCGUUACGGGUGUACCAUUUUCAAGUUACGCUGCCGAGCGCAGUGUCUGUCUGUGCGUGCCCUGGCGGCGUCGGUGGGGUUGGGGUUAUUCUUUCUGGGUUCAUGGUUUUUUUCACGCUCAUCUGGAACUACCUCCGUCACCGCCUGCCUCCACCGCGGCAGCACGACAUUCCCCCAGUGAUUCUGAGAUUUAUGUGCGCUUCUGGACUGCAUCGUGAACGGGUCAUCACGAUUCUACAUGCAAAGUUGCGGCGCCGCCAGUUGAAGAAGACUGCUCCCGUUGAGGAGAUGAGUACUCGGGCGGCGUUUCGUGUUCCGAGGAAAGGCAUCGUGUCUGACAGAGUUGUGGAAAUCGUGCGGAGGUUGGUUCGAAUGCAGAUCAUGGUGAGAUUUUUUGUGCGUCGUGGUUUGACAUCGGGGAGAGCUGUCGAAAAUUCUCUGUUUUCGAGGAGAACCCCAUGUCCCUGGACAGGAUUGAUCACGUCUCGUCUAAGACUUAUGGCGUAUGGCGAACUGUGGGGUACGGAGGCAGAAGGUAAGCAGACGUUGGAAGGUGUGUGUGAUUUUUGGUGGGACAACGUUUGUGAUACCGAGGGAUGAAUCAAGGAAGUCCGGCGUGCACAUCGAAAGUGGCAGUAGAGAUCGGAGAACGGAAGGAACAGUUGGUUUCUGUU